AAGGAUGAGUCGCAGCAACUACGCAUCUGACAGAGUCCAACUUCCUCUUUCCAGAGGAAGUACCCACACAACGACCCAGUGUUAUUUAUCUCUGUCUCUCUCUCUCUGCUUAUACUCAGUGGGCUCAGUUGAACUCUCCAGAGACGGACUUGCCUGUGUGUGUGUGUGUGUGUGUGAAAGGGAGUAUUCGCCAGGAUGUGUGUGUUGCUGCCACAGAUGAGAGCUUUCACUGGACUUGUCCUACUAGUUACAUCGACUUAUGGUCUGGGCUCCGUGUGUGAUGCUACUCAGGAUGCUGCAUGUUAUGGGGCUCUGGGAGGACCUGUGUACCUGCAGCUGAUGGACACCAGAGGACAUGACCUGAGCCUCCAUUAUAACAAUACAGCUGUUUUUAAAUUCAGAAGGUCAAAGUCAAAAUUCUUUCUUGAGUUCAACACCACAUCAGUCCUACAGAGGUGGCGGUUUGUUCCUGAUAACAGGACCAUGAUUAUCAACCCUGCAGAGAGGAGAGACGCAGGAACAUACAGAGUGCAGAUCACUGAGUCAACGGGGAGAGGAGUGAAACACACAGUACAGCUGACCAUAGAAGCUCCCGUGUCUGAUGUGCACCUGUCAAUUACCUGCUCAGCCUAUGGGGACAAUGGAGGGAGGAGGGCUAUGUGCUCCUCCAAUGGGGACAGUCCUCAGUACAGCUGGUCUCUGGAUGGGAGGCAUCUGAAUGAAACCUCAACCAAUCAGUGCACAGAAACGCUGGCCAAGACUGAUCUGACCAAUAGUACCUCAGCUGAAACACCAGAGUCUGAUCUAACCAAUAAUAAAGCCCAUGUUAGCAAUGUUUCUGAUAAUAAUAUUGGCGACGCUAAGAAUGAGGCAUCUCUCCACACACAGAAAGACCCCCCUCCCCUCCGCCAUCCUAAUGGUUCAUCUGAAACAUCAGAGUCUGAUCUGACCAAUAGUACCCCAUCUGAAACACCAAAGUCCAGUCCUGGUUGCAGCAUAGUCCUCCUGGAGGGAACUCAGGGGAAUCUCACCUGUUCAGCCAGAAACAACAUCAGCAGCGCCACCAAGACCCAACCACUACCCUCCUGCACAACCACCACGGCACCAACCACACCAACACCAACUGCCCCCACAUCUAUGUCCACUGCAGCCAUGACAACCAUCAAUGGAGUUUCCAUGGCAACUAUUAAGACAACGUCCACUCAGAGCAAUAACACAAAGGAGUCUAUGGGGCCACAGGAUGAGGGGCACUUCAUAUACCUUCUUGGAGCAGCGGUGUUGGGAGGAGUUCUGUGUGUGUGUGUGUUUGUGGUAGUGUUCUGCAUCUGCAAGAAGAAGAAGAAGAACACACCCACAGAUGGCCAAUCACAGGAUGUAGUGUAUUCCCAAUGCAGAAAGAAUCCAUCUUCCCCAGCAGGUGACAGCUAUGAUGUGGAGUAUGCCGAGGUGUCCAUCCUGAAGAGGAGGAAGACGGAGGAGAGGACGAGAGUGGACAACACUGUGGAGUACGGAGAGGUCAGACUGCCAGGCUCCACCAAUCACAGGCCACCAGAUGCACCACAACCCACCAAUCACACGCCACCGGAGGAAAAUGUGUACGCACAGGUCCGCAAAAAAGGACAGCAGUGAUAGCACAGGGUGUGUGUGUGCGUGUGUGUGCAUGUGUGUGUGCGUGUG